UUCGGAGUCCAGAAGGGUCUUAAUUGCAAUUAAGAGAACACAGCAGCUUUCACCCUGCAGGAUGUCAUCUCGGACACCAACGAAAGAAUAAAGUAGCCAAAGAAGAAGAAGAAGAGGCAAGUAGGAUGAAGCUCCUUGGGCCGGUACAAACUGUCCCCCCUCCAUAAUCACAGUGACUUGUGGAGUGGAAAUGAUCCAGUGACGUCCGACUCCAUCACAUGCCCCCCCCCCCCAGGGAGGGAGACCAGUCCAUACCAACCCGGUGCUGACCAUAAAUAGCCAAUCCCCUCGGCUGCUGCACCAAACGCCCUGGGGAGACUUGCCUAUCCUACAAUGCAGUGAGAUUCCUGCUGUGUUUUUUCUUGGACAAGUCUGCAGAGCACAACUCAUAUUGUAUGCCAGCCGGGAGCACCUGUAGCAUUCUACUGCAAGACACAACACAAAGAAACUGCAGGCGCAGAUCCACAAGUCACUCCAAGAUGCAAAAGUGCACGAGUCUCCUGCUAGUAUGUUUAAUACUGUGUGCUACUAUCUCCCAGACAUUUGGACUAGUGUUGACAGGGAAAGAGAAGCGUGGCUGGACAUUGAAUAGUGCUGGUUAUCUCUUAGGGCCACGUCGUAUUGAUCAUCUUUUUAUGGUUAAGGAAAUUCCCAUUGAUAUGGGAAAAGAAGAGCCUCCCGGGGAAUAUGCUGUAGAUAAUCAUAGAUCUUUUAAUGACAAACAUGGAUUCGGUGGGAAACGUGAGCUACUGCUAGAAGAAGAUGUAAAGUCAGGAAAUUUUUUUAGAACCCUGUCUGACGACAAUGUACUGCGGACACUGGUUGAAUUUUUAACGUAUUUACACCUGAAAGAGUCCGGCGCACUUGAAAAUUUAACCUCUCCGACGUCCUCAGAAGAAACAAACCAGUCAUGAAAAUAUAAAUCCUUUGUAUUUGAUUGUAUAAUGAUGAAAUGACUAAUCCAAUAAAUGUUUCCACUCAAUGUCCAUAAAGAUCCUCUUAUAAAUAUAUUCCAAUGAUAUUUUAGUGUAUUUUUGCUUAAGUAAAAUGAAGCUAUACAAUAAAAAAUUUUGAUGUUA